UCUCUGCCUUAAGCAUUUGCAGGCCCAAGGAUGCUGUGCUGUUCCCUGAACUGGUCCGACACUAGCUCCUUGGAAGCUCUGCUGUGUGUCUUGCCAAGAUGAAGUGUGUGUUGGUGGCCACUGAAGGUGCGGAGGUGCUCUUCUACUGGACAGAUGAGGAGUUUGAGGAGAACCUCAGGCUGAAGUUCGGGCAGUCAGAGAAUGAGGAGGAGGAGCUCCCUGCCCUGGAGGACCAACUCACCACUCUUCUGGCCCCAGUCAUCAUCUCCUCCAUGACGAUGCUGGAGAAGCUCUCAGACACAUACACCAGCUUCUCGACAGAAGACGGCAACCGCCUCUAUGUCCUGCACCUGUUUGGAGAGUGCCUGUUCAUCGCCAUCAAUGGAGACCACAGUGAGAGCGAGGGGGACCUCCGGAGGAAGCUGUGUGUACUCAAGUACCUGUUCGAGGUGCACUUUGGGCUGGUGACGGUGGACAGCCAGCUCAUCCGGAAGGAGCUCCGUCCCCCUGACCUGGACCAGCGUGCUCGGGUGUGGAAGCACUUUCAGAGACUGCUGGGGACCUACAGCCACCUGCGGGAACAGGAGCAGAGCUUCGCUGUGGAGGCUGUGGAGCGGCUGAUUCACCCCCAGCUCUGUGAACUGAGCAUCGAGACCCUCGAGCGACACGUGGUUCAGGCUGUCAACUCCAGCCCUGAACGGGGCGGUGAGGAGGCCCUGCACGCCUUCCUGCUUGUGCACUGCAAGCUGCUGGCUUUCUAUUCCAGCCAUGGUGCGGGCACCCUGCGCCCAGCAGAUCUCCUGGCCCUUAUCCUUCUGGUUCAGGACCUCCAGCCCACCCAAGACACCACAGAGGAGGAUGACAAUGAUGACAACAGCCCUCAGAGGAGACCCGUGAGCAGCAAAAACAUCCCUGUGCAGCAGGCUAGGAGCCAGAGCACCUCACGCCCCAUGAGGAGCUCUGAGGAGACGGACACAGACAGCAUCUCCCUCCCUGAGGAGUAUUUCACGCCUGCUCCUUCCCCAGGCGAACAGAGUUCAGGUAGCAUCCCCUGGCUGGAUGGUGGUACCCCACCCACGGAUGCUCUUCAGGUGGCUGAGGGCACCCUCCAGGGGCUGGUGCCGCACUCCCUGGAACCUUCCAGCCCCAGAAGGAUCUUCCUGGAUGCCAAUGUGAAGGAAAACUACUGUCCCUUAGUGCCCCACACUAUGUACUGCCUGCCCCUGUGGCCGGGCAUCAACAUGGUGCUGCUGACCAAGAGUUCCAGCACUGCGCUGGCCCUGGUUCUGUACCAGCUGCUGGAUGGCUUCUCCCUGCUGGAGAGAAAGCUGAAGGAGGGUCAGGAGCCUGGAAGUGCCCUGCGGUCCCAGCCCUUUGUUGGAGACCUGCGCCAGAAGAUGGACAAGUUUGUCAAGAAUCGUGUUGGACAGGAGAUUCAGAGUUCCUGGCUGGAGUUUAAGACCAAGGCCUUUUCUAGAAGUGAAGCAGGAUCGUCCUGGGAGCUGCUGCAGGCCUGUGGAAAGCUGAAGCGGCAGCUGUGUGCCAUCUACCGGCUCAGCUUCCUGGUCACUGCGCCCAGCAGGGGAGGCCCACACCUGCCCCAGCACCUGCAGGAGCAAACCCAGAAACUCAUGAGAGAGCGACUGCUGGACUGGAAGGACUUCCUGUUGGUGAAGAGCAGGAGGAACGUCACCAUGGUGUCCUACCUGGAGGACUUCCCAGGCCUGGUCCACUUCAUCUAUGUGGACCGUACAGCUGGGCAGAUGGUGGCGCCUUCCCUCAGCAGCAGCGAAAAGAUGUCUUCCGAGUUGGGCAAAGGGCCCCUGGCAGCCUUCGUCAAAGCCAAGGUCUGGGCUCUGGUGCGGCUGGCACGCAGGUACCUGCAGAAGGGCUACACCACACUGCUGUUCCAGGAAGGGGACUUCCGCUGCUCCUACUUCCUGUGGUUCGAGAAUGACAUGGGCUACAAACUACAGAUGAUUGAGGUGCCUGCCCUCUCAGAUGACUCCAUCCCCAUCGGAGUGCUGGGAGGUGACUACUACAGGAAGCUCCUGCGCUACUACAGCAAGAGCCGCCCCUCGGAACCUGUCCGUUGCUAUGAGCUACUGACCUUGCACCUGUCUGUCAUCCCCACUGACCUGCUGGUACAGCAGGCCAGCCAGCUGGCCCGGCGCCUGGGGGAGGCCUCCCGGGUGACACUGCCCUAGGCAGUGUGUACUGUCCUCUGACUCAUCUGUAAGCCACCUUGCUUACAGGCAUUCCCAGCAGCCCUGGGUCCUCCUGCAGAGGUUGACUCCUCCACAGGGGUUAAUAAGCAAACCUUCUCUGAAGGGAGGGAAUGCUGUGCUUGUUGUCCUUCAGCAAGGUGUGGUCAGAGGCAGCAGCAGCUUCUCGGGAGAACUGACUCUCUGGGUGCCCAGGAGAGCAGAAGAAAGUGUCUAGCGCUCAGGCCGUGGAAAGCUGUCCUCUUCCUGCCAUUUUGAGUGGGGGAGUUGUCUCCUACUCAAAUGAAAGGUGCUCCUGCCACCUGGCCAGCAUCCCAGCUUGGCUACCUCCCCCUGAAACUCUGGAAGAAUCCUGUUUGAACUAGUAACACCUACCUCUCAGGGUGGUCAGGAGGAUUGCCUGCCUAACAAGGAGUAGGUUCUCAAUAAAUGUUGGUUCUUGUCACUAUCCAAACCGUAUGUGUUCACCGGGACCUCCACCUCACUCCUGCUUGGUCUGGAGAGCCCCGUUUCUCUCUCUCCAAGCCCCGCCCUCUCAGAGAAUCUCCAACAAAGGAAAGACGAGGAGAGCCCAGCUCCACAUUCGUGGUGGCUAUGGCAGCUCCUCCCCUGAAGUUGGCAGCAGCCGAAGUCCCCACCUAAAGUGCUCAGUGUUUGACCAUACUUGGGCCAAACACAGCUUGUGGUAGACAAGCCAUCACCCCUUGCCCGUAGGCUAUAUGAGCUUCCUGCUUCAGUUCAGGUGUGUGACUUCCCUGGUCCCAGUCUCUGGGACUGGAGGACUCACCUGGGAGUUGCUUUGCUCAAAUAAACCUGUUCUUUCACUUUUUCA